CUUAUUAGAGUAGCGAAAUGGCAGUAUAACUCGUGUGGCUGGCAAGGGUGCGCACCCAUGACAUCGCAUUGACCGGAGUGAAUAGCCUUUUGUAGGAUCCAUGCAGGUAAGCGACAGUUUGCGGCUUAACUGAGGAGAGAAGCAAUUCUUGAAAACAGAAGCAACUAUAUUUUGAAUAAAUGUUUGUUAAGAAUGUUGUCGUGUAGAGCAUCCUCCUCGUGGGCGCUCUGUCUGCUGAGGCCAGUCACUAGAUUUCUUUUCAAUUCCGUUCACGUGGGACAUGGCAAGGCAGCCAGGCGCUCUUCACUUCGCGUGGAUGCGCGGAAGUUGCUUGCAAAAAAUCAGUCCAGGACACCAUUUAAGAAUAAGGACAACCAAGAGAUUACUAGAGCCAAGAAAAUAUUAGGAGUGGCACAUAUAGGGCCAAAUGCAGAUGAAGGAAAUGAUGUAGAGCAGGAAAGCAAAAAUAAAAAUCCAUUUGAAGUCUGGCUUGACAACAGAGCAGAGGAUGGAGGGUCUGCUGAAAAUUGGGUGCAGCGCGACAGAGCCCAGCGCAAGUUUUAUGAAAAGAGGAGGCGACGCAUGUAUGGCACCGACAGCGACCAGGACGAAAAAAUACCAGAGGAGGACAAGUACAUCGAACUUAAGCCUGAAAUUGUCGAGUUCAAAAGCUUGUAUGAGAAGCAAGAGGAGCUCUACUUCUACGAUGCAUUUUGUUUCCCCUGGGAAAAGGACAAGCAUUAUCAAAUGAUCAGAAAGCUGGAGCAGAAGUAUUUUCCCGAUCAAGGGUUAGAGAAAGCUUUUCUUGAUCCAGAUGACGAGCUUUUGAAGCCAAAGGAGGACAUUAAGGACAAACCCAAACACUUGGGUAAAACCGCAUUGGUUGCACAAGCAGAAGAAAAGAAUGCCGAAAGAAGCAAGAUACAAAUGAGCAGCAGUAGUGAAUGGAAUGGUGCCAAGGGUUUGGCUCAAGAUAAGGCACAGAAGUUCGUUAAGUCACUCAAGAACAUCCCCAAUUUUGACGAAGUCUCGGAUGCGCCUUAUAUAGUAACCAGGAAGUCCGAGCUUCCAGCUAGAUGGAAUGGUCCUAAAGGGACCGUGCUUCUUAUCGACAAACCGAAAGGAUGGACUUCAUUUACUGUUUGUGGAAAGUUGCGUCGCUUGGUUAAAGUAGAGAAAGUUGGGCAUGCAGGAACCCUGGAUCCUAUGGCAACAGGUCUAUUGAUUGUUUGUGUGGGUAAAGCAACUAAACAAGUGCAGAGUUUUCAAGACAUGACAAAGGUUUACAGCGGAAUAUUUCGACUGGGGGAAGCCACUUCAACUUGGGAUGCUGAUUCAGCGGUCACUGAAAGGGAAUCCUGGGAACACAUUAAAGAUGAGGAUAUUCAAAAAGUUGCAAGGUCAUUUUUUGGCGAGAUAUGGCAAGUUCCACCAAUGUUUUCAGCUAUCAAGAUUGGGGGGCAAAAGAUGUAUGAUAAAGCAAGGAGGGGAGAAACAAUAGACCUUCCACCAAGAAAAGUUUCAAUAUACAAAUUUGAUGUACAGAGAAGCUUAGAUGAUCGGCAAAACUUAAUUUUUAAAGCUACUUGCUCAAAAGGAACAUACGUGCGAUCACUUUGUUCUGAUUUUGGAAAGGCUCUUGGCAGUUGUGCACAUCUUGUAUCUUUACGACGGGAUCAAAUAGAAGGUUAUUUUCUAUCAUAAGGGAUGCAUACUUUCAUGAAAGAGCAUAACGAAAGAUAUAAAAUCAAUAUGGCAUGAGAGAUGAAGAGUGCGUGUUGAGUUACAAAGACCAUCAAGCAAAUACACGAAGGGCAGUCAUAUAUGAGAAGAUAAUUGCAGAUUUAAGGACGUAAGAAGAGAUUAUUGCAGAUCUGAGGACAUAAGAAGAUAUUAUAGCAGAUCUGAAGAAAAGUUUAAAGAAAACUUUGAGAGAGAUUGUGAUCAUCUUGUGGCAAUUUGUUAUUGGACUUAUAGCAGAUUUAAAAAGGAAUUAUUGCAGAUUGAGAAAGUUUUUGUGGCAGACUUAUAGUCAUUUCUUAGUCAAUUUGAGAAGGUGAUUAUAUCAAUUUGAAAAAAGAGAACUAUAGCAUCAUUUGUGAAGAAUAAGAUCAUCCAUCAUCCAUUAUAGAAACAACAUUGACAAGGUGGAAAUUUGAAUGAGGGGUUGGUGCCUCUAGUGAGUUGAUGCUCAUGAAUUGAAUGAGGAGUU